AAAAGACCCAAUCCGAAACAAAAGUUCGAAAAAGAAACAAUCUAAAAAAGAAAAAGAAUAAAUUAAUAAAUAUAUACAAAAUAAAAGAACUUGAGAAAGUUGGAAAGGUUAAAAGAGAAUACUUAUCUGGAAAAGGACAAGCCCAAGAGAUCUCCAAAUCUGAUGGUUGUAUAAGUCAAAAACUUAAGUCCAGUAAUGAAUCUGAAGCGAAUUCAGCAAUAUAC